CAUUACAUCAUGUUAAUCACGUCCUACGCGAUAAAUAGUUUUAUCUGAUUCGGCUGCCUAUAAUAUUGAACGGUUGAACGUCGUACAUUCACACACGAUCGCACAGUUUUAUCGCAGUUAUUCCCUAGACAAUAUCGUGGAUCGAAAUGGUGGUAGCCAAAAAGUACGUCUUGGUGAAACACAGCGAAGGGUUCCCUAAACCUACCGACUUCAAGUUGGUGGAAGAACAAUUGCCUCCACUGAAAGAAAAUGAAUAUCUGACCGAAGCGGUUUUUUUGAGCGUGGACCCCUACAUGAGGGCAUACAUGCCUAGAGUGAAGCCAAACACCACUAUGAUUGGUUCCCAGAUAGCCAAAAUAGUGGAAAGCAAAAGCCCGAAAUUUCCCGUUGGUAGGUAUGUGGUUGGUCAGUUUGGCUGGCGAUCGCAUACGGUGGCGUCUGAAAGUGGACCACAAGAAUUAGGACUGCAAACAUUCCUCUUACCUGAUUUCCAAGAGCUGCCUGUUUCCUUGGGUUUAGGGGUGUUGGGAAUGCCAGGGAAUACUGCGUAUUUUGGACUUUUGGAACUCUGUCAACCGAAAGCAGGGGAAACUGUGGUGAUCUCAGGAGCCGCGGGAGCUGUGGGAAGCCUUGUAGGACAAAUCGCCAAAAUCAAAGGCUGCACAGCGAUUGGUAUAGCGGGAUCCGACGAGAAGGGAAAAUGGCUCAUCAACGAGCUGGGAUUCGAUCACUUUAUAAAUUACAAAACCCAAAACGUUGAAGAGGAAUUGAAGAAAGCCGCUCCCAAAGGAGUAGACUGUUACUUCGAUAAUGUGGGAGGAGAAAUUAGCACGACAGUAAUCAAUCAAAUGAACCAAUUUGGUCGAGUGGCGGUUUGCGGAUCAAUAUCCGCUUACAAUGCAACAGGCCCAAUAAAAGUGUCCACCCCCAAUGCCAGCAUUGUCCUUCAGCAACUGAAAUUGGAAGGAUUUAUCGUUUCCAGAUGGAACAACCGAUGGAUGGAAGGAAUUCAUCAAAAUCUGCAAUGGAUCAAACAGGGAAAGCUAAAGUACCGGGAGACGGUGACCGAAGGCUUCGAGAAUAUGUUUAAGGCUUUUACUGAAAUGUUACAAGGUGGUAAUGUGGGCAAAGCCAUUGUAAAAGUGUGAGCUAAUAAAGUAUUAAAUUUG